GAGACAGCCCCAGAUGGCAAGAAGGUCCUUCAUCUUGACCUGCAUGCCAGUGGAUCCCUUGAAGACUGAGGACAUACUGAAUACAGACCCACGCGUUUUAGAGAAACAAGAACUACAGCAACCAACUUACGUUGCCCUAAGCUAUAUUAACAGGUUUAUGACCGAUGCAGCUCGACGUGAGCAGGAAUCUCUGAAGAAGAAGAUUCAGCCUAAACUCUCUUUGACUUUGUCAAGCUCUGUCUCUCGUGGGAACGUGUCUACUCCACCUCGCCACAGCAGUGGAAGCCUUACUCCUCCAGUCACUCCUCCCAUCACACCCUCCUCCUCAUUUCGCAGUAGUACACCUACAGGUAGUGAAUAUGAUGAGGAAGAAGUAGACUAUGAAGAAUCAGACAGUGACGAAUCAUGGACUACAGAAAGCGCCAUCAGCUCUGAAGCUAUCCUUAGUUCAAUGUGUAUGAAUGGAGGGGAUGAGAAGCCUUUUGCCUGCCCUGUUCCUGGAUGUAAAAAAAGAUAUAAGAAUGUGAACGGUAUAAAGUACCAUGCCAAGAAUGGCCACAGAACACAGAUCCGUGUACGCAAACCAUUCAAAUGUCGUUGUGGAAAGAGUUACAAGACAGCUCAGGGCCUGCGGCACCACACAAUCAAUUUCCAUCCCCCAGUGUCUGCUGAGAUUAUCAGGAAGAUGCAGCAAUAACAUGCUGGUCACAAAUGUGCCAAGAAAUCCUCACCAGCAGUUGCUGAUUUUGAAAACAGCCACCUUUUUCAGGGGAAGCAUUCAGCAACCCUUUAAAAAAUUUAAUGCAUGCUUUAAAUUUUUCUGUAAUUUUGGAAUGAUGUAUCUUUGUAGAGUUAAUGAUUUUGUACAUUUGCACAUGUAAUCAUCAUACCCAUUUUCAUUACUUUGAGAUAAGGUGCUAAAAAGCUAUAGAUUCUUCAGAACAUUUUUCUCCCAAAAAAAAUAUUAAAAAAAAUAGGGGGUGUUGCAUAUUUAGUUGUACUGCAGUGUUAAAUAUGAGUAUGGGGAGGGAAGCUUGGCACUGACAUCAUUUCAAGAUUGUAAUGUGAUUGAAGACUUUCAAACACAUCAGUUAAUGUAUGUACAAAACCAAAACAAUACCAACAUUGUCAACCUGGUUAACAUGCCUUAUGUAAUGAAGUUAUCAGUGGGGUAGCAAGUCUUUAGGUAUUGGAAAUAUAAAUAAGAAAGAAUGUUUAACAUAAUAUGCUAAAAAUAUUUUCAUACUUAAAUAACAUACAUAAAAGGUGUGCUUGUUGUAUUUUAUAUUAUCUUGCAAUUUUUUUCCCUCUUGUAAUGCUGAAAAAUCUUGCCAUUUGAACUAGUAAACAAUCACUUUAGUGUUAGGAAUUACUACUACUUUUCCUUUUUUUUUUGUACAAGAUGUCAUAUUAAGUUCAUGCCCAUCAGACUUUUGAGGACCAAGAUUCCAAGUCCAACUAAAUAUUUUCCCCUGAAUUAUGCUGUUAGAAAGACACUUGGAAAUACUUAAGUGCAAAUUUGUGUGAGAGAAAAUUAUAUCUUCAUCUCAGAUGAAGUUUUAAAGCACUUUGUAGUUCUCUAUUGCCAACAGAUUUUAUGUUUUGUGUGUUGCCAAUUCUUGCAACUACUGUACUAGCAUGUGCCUGUGGUUGCAAAUAAUUUUUUUUUAAAAACCUAAGCAUGUUUUAAGGAGGUACAUGAUUUGCGUUAAGGGAAUUUCUAUUGAACCUCCUUCAUGUUCAUUGUAUUUUAAGAUUUUUUUUUGUAUAUUUUUGCCUCUUAUUGUAGGUCACUGCAUUCUGAUUGGAAAUGUCUGUUUAGCUUUACAAAUCGCUUUGCUGAAAAUUAACAUAUGAGCCUUUAUGACAAUGAAAUGCUUCUUGCAGGAGGUGGACAAAGACCGACUUAAAACGAGCCAUCACAAAAUAACUUAGUGUCUGGACCAUAACUGAAUAUUUAUUGCUUACCUUAUCAUCCUGCUUUGAGCAUUCUCUCACAAGUGCUUGCUCUCAGCUUACCAAUUUAGCUUACCAGUAGCCUAUUUAUGCAACCCCUUCCCACCCAAAUUGAGGCUUAUUUCCCAUGAAAAAAAUAUGUAUUUAAAAUGCAUUUCUCUUCUUCCUUAACCUGGUGUGGAUUUUCAGACAAAUGGGAAACAGCCUCUCCAUUUAAAAACAAAAGAUGAUUGCUGGCCUUCAACAUGUUUUGAACUAGAUGCAUGAACUUCCUUUUAGAACUGCUGAAUCCUCACUUAGGGGUUCUGAAAGUGUAAACGCUUUCCCCUUUUACAUAUAUUCCAUCCAUUUCAAUCUUGAACAGACAACAGUGGUUGUACAAUACAAUGAUUUCAAUUAGGUAUAAAGGAUGAUGCAGACAUAAGAAUCAAUUGGUUGGUACAUAAAAGCCCCAUUUGGCCAUUUCUUCUAUAGCUUUGGCAAUAAGUCUGGAGAGCAAGUAUUGUCUCAGCUCCUACUGCAAGAAACUACAGGUUGGAUAAGCAAGUUUAACAGCUAAACAGUCAUAAAAUGUCAUUGUUGCAUGUAAAUUCCUUUCAACUAUCAAAAUGAAAUUCCAGUUUCUAUUUACCUAUUCAUUGUGACAGUAUUAUUAAACAGGUAAAGAUGGGACUAUUUUGUUAUACUGUGUAUAGUGAAUGUAUUGUACUGUGUCUGUGAAAAGUGUGCUUUAAAUUAUAUUUUCAUAUGUUUUGUUGGGGACAAAGUACAUUAAGUUCGAAAGUGACAGAGGUUUGUUUUAGAACUGAAGGCAAUUUAAUGAAUUCCUGUCAAGAAAGCUGCUUAUAAAUGUAAAUCAAAUCACAUUUAAAAUAAACUGCCUCUGACUGAAAAACAAAUAUGACUUGUCUUUGGUUUUAAGAGUGAUCAGUUUGGUUUACAUACACUAAUGCUAUUUUUAUGCAUUAUUCAAUUCCCUGUUUUGGUAAAAGCAGCAGAGCAUUCAACAACCCAUUUAAGUAUCAAUUAGGUAGAAUGAAACAAGAUGUUCUUAGCAAAAAUCAACACCACAAUAUGUGGCAUCUUAGUUGUACCCAGCAGUAUGUGUCCCCCUGGGGCCAACCUCCUUUCUUUAUAUAAAAUAUUCUUUGAGGCUGUGAUGGUGUCCAUUCUGUUCAUACACCACAUGAGAUUCAAGAUUCAUCAGCUAAAACUCAUCCCUUCAUAUUCUCCUUUGAUCCAAUUUAGCCAAUAUUUAGUGGCCUUGGAUGUUCCUCUUUUCUUCAGGGACAGAAGGGUCAUUGAAAAACAUUUUAAACUCCUAAAUACUCCAGUGGUUUUGAUGCCCAGCUGAGCACCACGUAUAUGUUUUAUAUUUAUAAAUACAUACAAACCACUGUCACCCACGCUCUAGGGAAUUUACUCUGUAAAUCUUCCUAGAAUACUCUGGCAAAACAAGUAUCCACUUGUGCUUCCAAACAAACUGGUUUAGAGGUUGUUUUCUGUCUUUGGUGCCCUCUACAGCCAUCAUAGUGGGACUUCUUAAGUCUUUAUUUUUUCAAACAUAUUCUGUGCAUAUGUUUUAUAUACUAAUAAGAAUGAAAGAUAAACCAAACAAAAUACUACUGAACAUG